AUGGAGUCUCCGGGCUGGGCAUUCAUCCUACUGCAGUUCUGGGGCCUGCAGGAAGCUGUCAGCCUGAGCGUGCAGCAGUGGCCCCUUUUGGUGAGGGUGAUGCAAGGCGAUGAGAUGUGGCUGUCCUGUGGCGUGAAUCAGAGUCAGGCCUGGGAGAGGCUGCGUGUGGAGUGGAUCCGGGACAAGGCCGUUCUCUGCCACCUGCUCAUCUCGAAUGGUAACCUCAGCACAGCGGGCUGUGGGUCUCGGGGACAGCUGUCCUGGCAGUCACUUACAAACUUUAGCCUGCGACUGGACCACCUGAGCCUCAACGACAGCGGUGACUACGUGUGCCGGGCCACCCUGGAGAUCCCCAAGUUGCAAAAGGCCGAGGGCAAUGGGACCAAGGUCCUGGUAGAGGCAGAGGAUCCUGAGGUUCUGCCUAAAUCGCAGAGCAGAACGGGCAGCUUCCCAGGAAAUUCUUUCUACAGCAAUGUCCUCUACCGGCCCCGGGACAUCCCACACAGGCCUCAGGCUCGGCCUAAGAAGAAGGAUACAGGCAGUGAACAGGUUAUAUAUUCCACUGCCUUCCCCAAACCUGCUCCACGCCAGCAACUUCCGGUCUCCAAACCCAGCCCCAGGCCCAGGCCUGGCUACCCCAUCUCGGUGCACUGUGCAGCUUCCGCAAGUCGUAGGAAGUAG